AAGGGACCAGGGCUGGCGGAGGGAUAACUGGCUGCGCACGCUGAAAGAAGCGGAGGGAUCCAUAUGCUGGCACCGCCCGUCAGAGAGGAAGGGAGGGAAGGAGCAGGGGGCGAGUGAUGCGGUGCGCUGGGGCCGGCUGAGGCGCGGUGGCCGUUAUUUGGGAGAAAGGGAAUCCUAGUAGCUAGGCAGCGUCCCUCUUUUCUUUCCUUCCUUCAACCCUUUCGGUACCUGAGGAGGCAGAGACAUUAAUGGAAAGGCUGAAAUACGCAUAGAAGGACUUUUAAAUGCCCGGUUUCGUUGGUGUGUUUUUUUGUUUUGUUUUUGAAAGAGGAAGGAAAAUCCUAGUUGCCUGUCGCUUGGUAAAAAUGGGGUUCACUUCCUCCAGCUAAAUCUGUGGAGCAUUUCAGAGAGCUGUUACAGUGAAGGACUUAGAUUUUUUUGCAUCAGAGGAGCUACAUUGAUGUUAACCAAUUUUUUGUAAAAUGGAGAAUGAAAUAUUCACACCCCUUAUGGAGCAGUUCAUGUCUAGCCCUCUUGUCACUUGGGUUAAGACGUUUGGCCCAUUGGCUGGAGGAAAUGGGACCAACCUGGAGGAAUAUGUGGCGCUGGUGGAUGGCGUGUUUCUAAACGAAGUCAUGCUGCAAAUUAAUCCAAAGUCUGCUAAUCAGAGGAUAAAUAAAAAAGUAAAUAAUGAUGCAUCAUUAAGGAUUCAAAAUUUGUCUAUUUUGGUGAAACAAAUAAAAACAUAUUAUCAGGAGACUUUGCAGCAGUUGAUCAUGAUGUCUUUGCCAAACGUACUAAUAAUUGGCAAAAAUCCUUUUUCUGAGCCAGGUACUGAAGAAAUUAAAAAACUUCUCCUGCUUUUACUUGGUUGUGCUGUCCAGUGUCAGAAAAAAGAGGAAUUUAUUGAAAGAAUCCAAGGUCUGGAUUUUGACACAAGAGCAGCAGUGGCAGCCCAUAUUCAAGAGGUAACUCAUAAUCAGGAAAAUGUGUUUGAUCUGCAGUGGAUGGAUGACAAUGUGUUGACACAAGAAUAUGUUGAACCUCUCUUGAAAAAUAUGGCGUUGCAUUUAAAAAGACUUAUAGAUGAAAGAGAUGAGCACUCAGAGACCAUCAUAGAACUCUCAGAAGAAAGGGACUGUCUCCGUUUCCUACCUCAUGCAUCAGCAGCACAAUCACCUUGUGGAUCUCCUGGCAUGAAGCGCACAGAAAGCAGGCAGCACCUGUCAGUAGAAUUAGCAGAUGCCAAAGCAAAGAUUAGGAGGCUUAGGCAAGAGCUUGAGGAGAAGACUGAGCAGUUGCUUGACUGCAAACAAGAACUUGAGCAGAUGGAAGCUGAACUAAAGAGACUUCAGCAAGAGAAUAUGAAUUUACUCUCAGAUGCCCGUUCUGCCAGAGUGUACAGAGAUGAAUUAGAUGCUCUCCGUGAGAAGGCAAUUAGAGUUGACAAGCUUGAAAGUGAAGUCAGCCGGUAUAAGGAGAGGCUGCAUGACAUUGAAUUCUACAAAGCUAGAGUAGAGGAGUUAAAGGAAGACAAUCAAGUGUUGCUAGAAACAAAGACAAUGUUGGAAGAUCAGUUAGAGGGGACCCGUGCCCGUUCUGAUAAAUUACAUGAGUUAGAAAAAGAGAAUCUACAAUUAAAAGCUAAAUUGCACGAUAUGGAGAUGGAGCGUGACAUGGACAGAAAGAAAAUUGAGGAACUGAUGGAGGAAAAUAUGACUCUAGAAAUGGCUCAGAAACAGAGUAUGGAUGAAUCCUUGCAUCUUGGCUGGGAACUUGAACAGAUAAAUAGGACUACUGAACUUUCUGAAGUGCCACAGAAAUCACUUGGUCAUGAAGUCAAUGAAUUGACAUCAAGCAGAUUGCUGAAGUUGGAAAUGGAAAACCAAAGUUUACUGAAGACAGUGGAAGAACUACAAAGUGCAGUGGGUUCUGUAGAAGGCAGUAGCUCAAGGAUUCUGAAAAUGGAAAAAGAAAACCAAAGACUUAGCAAAAAGCUUGAAGAGCUAGAGAAUGAAAUUAGCCAAGAGAAACAAAGUCUUCAGAACAGUCAAAACUUGAGUAAAGAUUUAAUGAAAGAGAAAGCACAACUUGAAAAGACACUGGAAGCACUUCGAGAAAACUCAGAGCGACAAAUUAAGCUAUUAGAACAAGAAAAUGAACAUUUGAAUCAAACUGUAGCUUCUCUGAGACAACGCUCCCAAAUCAGUGCUGAAGCAAGAAUGAAAGAAAUUGAGAAAGAAAAUAAAAUCCUUCAUGAGUCUAUAAAAGAGACCAGCAGUAAGUUAAAUAAGAUUGAAUUUGAAAAAAAACAAAUCCGAAAAGAACUGGAACACUAUAAAGAGAAAGGGGAGAGAGCAGAAGAACUUGAGAAUGAGCUUCAUCAUCUGGAGAAGGAAAAUGAAACAUUACAGAAAAAAAUUACAAACUUAAAAAUUACUUGUGAGAAGGUAGAGGCCUUAGAGCAAGAGAACUCAGACCUGGAAAUGGAAAACAGAAAACUGAAAAAAACUUUGGAUAGCCUGAAAAAUCUCACAUUUCAAUUAGAAUCCUUAGAAAAGGAGAAUUCACAACUUGAUGAAGAAAAUUUAGAAUUAAGAAGAACAAUUGAAUCCUUGAAGUGUACAAGCAUUAAAGUGGCACAGUUGCAAUUAGAAAAUAAGGAACUGGAGAGUGAGAAGGAGCAGCUUAAAAAAAGCCUUGAACUCAUGAAAGCCUCAUUCAAAAAAACUGAACGCUUGGAAGUUAGCUACCAAGGCCUUGACACAGAAAACCAAAGGCUACAGAAAGCGCUUGAAAACAGCAAUAAGAAGAUUCAGCAGUUAGAAAGUGAAUUACAAGAUUUAGAGUCUGAAAAUCAGACUCUGCAGAAGAAUUUAGAAGAGUUAAAAAUCUCUAGUAAACGCCUAGAGCAGUUGGAAAGGGAGAAUAAGUUGUUGGAACAAGAGACUUCUCAACUGGAAAAAGAUAAGAAGCAGCUGGAAAAAGAAAAUAAAAGGCUUCGACAACAAGCAGAAAUUAAAGAUAGUACUUUAGAAGAAAAUAAUGUAAAAAUUAGUAAUCUGGAAAAGGAAAAUAAAUCUCUAGUUAAAGAAAUAGUUGUAUAUAAAGAGUCAUGUGUACGCCUGAAAGAACUAGAAAAAGAAAAUAAAGAACUUGUGAAAAGAGCUACCAUUGAUAAGAAAACGCUGGUCACUUUAAGAGAGGACUUGGUGAAUGAAAAAUUGAAGACUCAACAAAUGAACAAUGAUCUGGAAAAGCUUGCCCACGAGCUUGAAAAAAUAGGCUUAAACAAGGAGCGUCUUUUGCACGAUGAACAGAGCAGUGAUGACAGUAGGUACAAGCUUUUGGAGUCAAAAUUAGAAUCCACACUUAAGAAGUCACUUGAAAUAAAAGAAGAAAAAAUUGCUGCUUUGGAGGCUCGCUUAGAAGAAUCAAGUAAUUUAAACCAGCAACUCCGUCAGGAACUGAAAACAGUGAAAAAGAACUAUGAAGCGCUCAAGCAAAGACAAGAAGAGGAAAGGAUGGUUCAGAAUUCUCCUCCAAGAAGUGGGGAAGAUAAUCAAUCUGUUAAUAAGUGGGAGAAGGAAAAUCAAGAAACUACAAGAGAAUUACUGAAAGUUAAAGAUAGAUUAAUUGAAGUGGAAAGGAAUAAUGCUACGCUGCAGGCAGAGAAACAAGCCCUGAAGACACAACUGAAACAACUUGAGACACAGAACAACAAUCUGCAGGCUCAGAUUCUUGCACUUCAGAGACAGACUGUUUCUCUACAGGAACAAAAUACAACUCUACAAACUCAAAAUGCCAAGCUGCAGGUUGAAAAUUCCACCCUCAAUUCUCAAAGCACAUCUCUUAUGAAUCAGAAUGCCCAACUGUUGAUCCAGCAGUCUGCUUUAGAAAACGAAAAUGAAGGUGUGCUCAAGGAACGUGAGGACCUGAAAUCUUUAUAUGAUUCCCUUCUCAAAGACCAUGAAAAACUGGAACACCUGCAUGAACGCCAGGCUUCUGAGUAUGAAUCUCUGAUUGCUAAACAUGGAAACCUGAAGUCUGCACACAAAACUCUGGAGGUGGAGCAUAAGGACUUAGAAGAUAGGUAUAAUCAGCUGCUGAAACAGAAGGUGCAUCUGGAAGAGCUGGAGAAAGUGCUCAAGGUAGAACAGGAGAAAAUGCUGCAGCAGAAUCAAAAGCAUGAAUCAGUAGUAGCAGAGUGUAAAAAGCUUCAUGAUGAAAAUGAAAGGCUUACUCAUACAUACAGUCAGCUCCUGAAAGAAAAUGAAGUUCUCCAAACUGAUCAUAAGAAUUUGAAAACAUUAUUGAACAGUUCCAAAUUAGAACAAACACGACUAGAAGCUGAGUUUUCUAAACUCAAGGAACAGUACCAACAACUGGAUAUUACAUCAACAAAACUAAAUAAUCAAUGUGAGCUGCUUAGCCAGCUUAAAGGAAAUCUGGAGGAGGAAAACAGACAUCUACUAGACCAAAUUCAAACAUUAAUGCUACAGAAUAGAACAUUACUUGAGCAGAAUAUGGAAAGCAAGGAUCUCUUCCAUGUAGAGCAAAGGCAGUACAUUGACAAGCUAAAUGAAUUAAGGCGACAGAAGGAGAAAUUGGAAGAGAAGAUAAUGGAUCAGUAUAAAUUUUAUGAGCCAUCUCCGCCAAGAAGGAGGGGCAACUGGAUUACUCUGAAAAUGAGGAAGCUGAUAAAAUCGAAGAAGGAUGUUAAUCGUGAACGUUUGAAGUCUGUGACACUUACACCUACCCGCUCAGAAUCCAGUGAAGGAUUUCUCCAGUUGCCCCAUCAGGACAGUCAGGAUAGUUCCUCUGUGGGCUCAAACUCUCUUGAAGAUGGCCAGACUUUGGGGACCAAAAAAAGUAGCAUGGUUGCACUGAAAAGACUGCCCUUUUUGAGGAACAGACCGAAGGAAAAAGACAAAAUGAAGGCCUUCUACCGUCGCUCCAUGUCCAUGAAUGACCUGGUGCAGUCCAUGGUCCUAGCAGGAGGACAAUGGACAGGUAGUUCUGAACAUCUGGAGGGUCCUGAUGAUAUAUCUGCGGGUAAAAGGAGGAAAGAAUUGGGAGCUAUGGCCUUCUCUACCACAGCUAUCAACUUUGCAACUGUCAACUCUUCUACAGGCUUCAGAUCCAAGCAGUUGCUAAAUAAUAAAGAUACUACAUCCUUUGAAGAUGUAAGUCCACAAGGUAUUAGUGAUGAUUCUAGUACAGGAUCAAGAGUUCAUGGAGUGCAGGACAUUAUCUGUGCAGAUGCUCUUGCUCCUCCUGUUCGUGGCAUUUCAACAAUGUGCAAGGUUCCUUGUCAAAUCUGUUUGCCCUUUUCUAAAGUGUCCUCUUGGACUGCCUGGAAAUACCUUCGCUUUCUGAUCUCUUCCAGACCAUCCAGCCUUGAUAGUGGCAGAACAUCCACUAGCAAUAGCAAUAACAAUGCUUCACUCCAUGAAGUCAAAGCAGGUGCAGUUAACAAUCAAAGCAGGCCACAGAGUCACAGCAGUGGAGAGUUUAGCCUGCUACACGAACAUGAGGCUUGGUCUAGCAGCAGCAGCAGUCCUAUUCAGUAUUUGAAAGGUCAUAGAAGGUCUAGUCCAGUGCUCCAGCAAAGAAUGUCCGAAACACUGGAGAGUCGUGGAAAACAGAUCAAAACUGGUUCUCCUGGAAGUGAAGUUGUUACCCUGCAACAGUUUUUAGAAGAAAGCAACAAAAGUACCUCAAGCGAGUUGAAAUCUGCAAGUGAAGAGAAUCUUUUAGAUGAAGUAAUGAAAAGCUUAUCUGAGUCUGCAGAGCUGUCAGGAAGGGAAAAGCUAAGAAAACAGCCCUCUGCUGGUUGUGGUAUUGUAAGAUCGUUAAGUGUGAAAGCUACUGUUGAUUUCUCAGAUGGACGAUCCAUUAAACCAGAACAACUUGUAAGGCCUAGCCUUUGUAAAACGGAAGACAUCUGCUUUACUAGCUCUCCAAUAAAAUUUACAUCAGGCACUCAAGGGAAGGCCAAAUCAGUUAAAGAGAAGAUACAAGGGACUGUUUCACAGCGACAAUCAAGAGAUUGCAAUCCUUAUGCUACCUUACCUCGUGCAAGCAGUGUGAUUUCUACAGCAGAAGGAACUACUCGAAGGACAAGCAUUCAUGACUUUUUGUCUAAGGAUAGUAGGCAACCUGUAUCGGUUGAUCCAGCACCAUCCGCCUCUGACAGAAGUGUUCCAUCAACCUCUAAUGUGGAAGCUAUCCCAGAAAGCAGAAAUUCAAAAAGCAGGUCUAGGGAGCAACAAAGCUCCUAAUUCUAUUGCCCACUACAUGAGAUGUGGGCCAAGUGAGAGAAAAGUGUCCUUCAGUAUCUCAAUGUGAAGCCUUUUUAACUGAAGUAACAAGACAGCGACUGUAGGAUUCAUUAAUAAAAAUUAAGGGAAUUUUUUACAUUCUUCGUGACUAGAGCAGGCAAGAAAUAAAAACCUACCUAUCUACCUACCUUCCUUCCUUGAAUCAAGGAGCUCUACUGGAGUCUACUGCCGAAAAUUUGUAGAUGAUCUUAGGAAUUACUGCACAUUGCACUGUUAAGAUCUACUGAAUAAAGGACAGUUCUCAUCUCCCUAAAGACCAAGAUUAUUAAGGUCUCAAGAGUCACUCCAGGGAAAAAAACUAAAAUUCCUUUCAUCUUUUGUUUAAGAAAUUAGCCACUGAUUUGCUUAAGCUUCUGCUAAUAAUUAACCAACCCCUCCCCCCCCCAUAACUAGCAGUUUAUGUUUACUUCUGUAAAUCUAAAAUAAAUUAUGUAGUUAUUUUGUUGAAAUUUACUGUACAUACAGAUCCAAAACCUCGCAGCUUACUGGCACUUCACUGCCUUAUUUGGUUAGCAUAAUCUGCAUGGAAUUGCUCUUGAAAAGGUUUAUGCUGAUUUUUGUUGCAUACUGCAAGAGAAAAAUCUGUUUACAUACAUGAAAACGUUGGGUAGCUAACAAAAGUGGGAGUCGUGGGAUAAUUGUAUUCUCUAGAAUUUGUCAUUUGUGUUUUCCACACUCCCAUGUUACUCUGACUAUAUAUAUGUUCACAUGUUCCUGACAGGAAAUUGUCAGGUAUGCUUUUUCUAUAACUUUAAUAGAAGGCUGUCUUCAUCAAACAGCAUUUCCAGAAUAAGACUGUCUUACAAUGUUUGUGUACUGACUUUUUUUUAUUGUCUUUCAACUUGAGCUGAUUGUGGCUUAGGAGGUUUCUUGAUGGCAAAGAGAAAUGUAAAUAAUAUCAUAUGCAUUUUACAAUCAGUUCCCCUUAAAGUUAUCUUUCGCUGAUAAAAUACAUUUUGUUCAUUUUUUAUUUCUAUUAAAAUCAACCAAUGUCCUUGGUGCAUUCAAUGGUAGCAUACAUUUAUUGUAUGUGAAUGUACAAGCAGAUCCAAAAUGAGUUAUCAUCAUUAUAUUUCAUUACAAAUCAAUCAGCAUAUUCAGAUACCUGCUCUAAACAGUUAAUUGUAUGACCUCCUAGUGUCCCCUCUUCCAGCAGGCAGGUAGAUAACUUCACCUACAGCUGUCUCCAUUCACAUCAGUACAGGUAAGCGUGACCAGGGACAGCAUGAACAUCAUUUUUCACUGGAGGAAGACUGCAGUUCAGAAAUUCAAAAGCUAUCCUAGCAAGUUUUAUUUUCCUGAAAUUUUGUCAAAAGGGGGAAAAAAGGAGGAAAGUUCAACAGGCUUUAAAAUUUUAUUUUCUUCCUCAAAGUGACUUCUAGUAUUUUUUUGUGAUAAAAUAUGCUAGAAUAUCCAGAUCUAAACAGAUUAUUUUGGUUUUACCUUACAAAUACUUGAUUCUCAGAUUGUUGUCUCAGAGAAUUUAGACAUCUAUUGGUUUAUUAGUUGUUUUUUCCCUUAAGUUUUGUAGCUCUCAACCAUAUGUCACAAGAUAUCCAGUUGGAAGUGACCUCAAGGAUUAUCAGGUCAAAUUUUUUGGACUACACAGAAUAUCUGUUCUUCCUCUGAGGACGUUUCUGGUAUCUUAUUAAUUGGUUUAUUUUUAUUACCAGCUGACAACACACAUACAUUUCUGGUCCCUUAGUGUCAAGAUUUCCAUUGAUUUUGGUGGAAGCAUGGCGAGCACACAAAUGAGCAGUCCCCAGGGUGAUCUGAAGUCUAGCACGCUCCUGAAAUCCAUCUGUCCAUGAUGGUUUUGUAGGCAGCCCGAGUUUGGUUCACUUUGGAAUACUUUCCCAUCUUGUAACUGAUACUGUGAUAUUUUUGAGAGAGAUUUGGUACAUUCCAAGCCAUGCACUGACAGCUAUGAGGUGCCACUAGAGGGGUGGGUAAGAUGGUUGGCAAGGGCUAGAACACUCAGUAACAAUACAAAUACGGUGUCAGACCUGGUUUCUGUGCCAUUCCUGUACUGCAGCAUAGGCAGAGGCACAGAGACUAAAGGAAGGGUUGUCAUUGGAGAAUUUCACAGACAAAGAUAGGAAACCUGGAGUGCUGUUAGCCCUUACUAAAAGCAGAGCUGUUAGGAAAGAGGAUUGAAAUACUAUAUUAGGACAACAGCUAAUUGUAAAUUAUGGUAUUUUCAAGCUCAUUUUGUGGUCUGAUUGUGAUUGCAUUCUCCUGACUUUCUUGGCAGCAGGGAACUUUUCAAACUACUCAAACUUUUUAUACCCUAGCCAUUCAGUAAUGUUAGGACUUUUAGAACAAUGUGUAUUUCUUGACUUAGUGGAUUAAAACUGUCAUGCCAAGUGCUGUUUGUACUCACAGAAUCUGAGCAGCUGUGUGUGUUCUGGUAGAUUCUCUGAGACCCUGGGAAUUAGGCAGUAUUGCCAUGUCAUUGCCACGUCUGCCUGCUUCUUUCCUGUGAGGAGCAUGUCUGGACACACAAAACCUGCCCUAGCCACACAUGGCUGUAUUGUUUUCAUCACAUGGGCAACUCCUGAUUCAUUUAUUAGUUCAGCUUUUUCCUGUAGUCACUCUUAAGUUGUCCAAGGCUACCUGUAGUAACUUCUCUGCUUUCUUUUUGCAUAUUAUUAACACCUUCUUAAAGCAACUUGCAAUCACAGCCAGGGCAUAGUUAACAACCUUUAAAAUUACUAUUUAACUGAAACAGUUUCCUUAUGUGAGAGGAUCAGGAGGAGUUUAGGGGCAGAAUUCACCCUGCUAGGUCAGAGGUGAGCAUGGAUGAGGUCUGUGCCAGUCCUACUUGGUGCCUGUCAAAGCCACUGUGAGCAGGAUUUGAUCCACUUCCAUACAAAGACAGGACAGCAGUUGGGGUUUUAUGUGCUGGAUUAGCCAAAAGCAGCACUAUUUGCAGAAUACGUUUGCAUUCAAGAGAUCAGAACCUUUUCCUUCCAGCACUUUCUUUGGCCAAAAACUUUCAGAGCAGAAGAGCAGUCAGGAAGUUCUCUGUGCUCUGAUGACUUUGUAUUUGUUUUCUUUGUCCUUUCUUAUCUUUCCACUUUGUGCCCUUAAGAUCAAAUUAAGCAAAACCUAAAUUUAAUUUGGGAGUUGCUUCCCUUUUUCUGAAACAGACUCCCAGAGGACAACAUGGCAGCUAUUGAUAGCGUAAAAGAGUGCACACAAAGAUUUUUUUACUGCAAGAGUUGCCAAAUCUAGUUCAAGAUGACAAAAGAGGUUGUAGUACUACAUAAUGUGUAAUUUUUAUUUACUUUUCUGAUCAUCUGCUUUUCAACAUUCCCAACACCUAUUAUUUCUAAACUGUUUCCAAGAUGUUUUCUAGAGGUAGAUCAUAAUGUUUAUGUAAAUAAUGCUUUGAUAUUAAUAAAACUGCCUUAAAGGAAUGUACCUAGGUGUGAAACAAAAAGCUCUUAUUUAAAACUGUAAUUUUCUUUACAUAGUUUUUUUGUUAUGUUUGCCAUUGUAUACAUUUAUUAAUUAUGUUAUUAAAAUGCCAAACCAAAUAAUUUUUUUCUUAGUUGUGUGUACAUUUAUGCACACUUUAUUUGGAAAUGGAUAUUACUGGAAGGCUGUUGGUGUUCAAUAAUGGCAUGGUGGUCAGUUAGUGACAUGCUCUGUGUUUCUUCCAGAAGGAAACCCACGAAGCUGUAGCAGCAGCUUUCUGGACAAUGCAUAGUUGUUUUGUGUUGCUUAUUUGCAUAGAGCUGUGUAGCUUUUAACUAUACACUAUUUUGGUAUUAUUUUUAAAAGACACUAAUUUCAUAAGUAAAUACAAAUAAUUCUAGAUUUGCCAAAUGUAGUCUUUGAAGCUUUGAUUUUGCUUGAACAUUAUUUUUGCUGGGACAAAUCUCAGAACGUCUUGAGGACAAAAGAAGUUAAAUUUUGGGUAGUACGGAUUUUGAGAUUCAUGAAGUAAACUGCUGUUGUGCAUGUUUAUAAAUCAGAUUUCACAUUUAAAGCCUUCUGGAUGUAAAAACCUUGAUAAGUCAAAUUUGUUUUUUUCUUUUUGUUUUGAAGUGAUAAAGGAUUUUAGGGUACCACAAAAUCUCCUUAAAGGGGAAAAGAGUGAGUGGCAGGCAGAGGGUAAGAUAAUUCUUACUUUUUAAAAGACACAUAAGACUGUAUCUAGCUAAUUUAGUAAUGUCAGUCAUUAAUGUUCAUUAAUCAACCCAGUAUUCCUAAACACCAGAUGUUUGUCUUUUAUUUAACAACAAAUAUAAGAUCUCACGUACCCGGACAUCCUUCUAGUGAUUCUUUCUAUAGCUUCAGCAUUUUUUCGGUCACUUCUUUCCCAACUGAGGGAACUUCCAUGGUAGAAGGGGUUGGUUUAGUGUCUUUCUGAGGUGGAGGGGAGAACUUAGAACUGUUUCAUCAUUAAGUAUUAAGUCCGUAUCUCUGGAGAACAGGUGCCAAAUACCUCAGAACUGAAGGAGAUCAUGGCAAGGAUGUUUGUGAGGUGACCUGUGUUUUGCCCUAGGUAUUUUUUCUCAGUUAAUACUAGCUAUUUAUUCUAUAGAAGUAAAGCUCUCACUUUUUUAAGAGGAAGAAACAUCAACACACCAAUUUUGAUGCUCUCAUAGAACUAUCUUGGCCAUAUAGAAUGAAACUGGUUCACAUUGGCCCAUUUCUGACUUGUGCUUCUUUUGAAGUGUUUAUCACUGUUGGCAUCAAAUCCUUUAGCAUGACAAAGUCAUCCAGGAACACAAGUCCUUCUGUGUGUUUAGUUCGCUCUUCUGUAUUCUUUAUUUCCUUUCUGUCUCAACUCAUGUUGACAGUGCCACUUGCCUUUAGGCAGUUUGUACAUUUUUGUUCAGCUGUGUUUAAAAAACCUUUCUCCCCAUCCUCUCUAGAUUUUGUCCCUUGCUUUCACAACUGCCAUCUUUGGGUUUUGUGGAGGUUCUUGUUGCCACAGUAUGUUUACUGGACAUCACGGAGUUUCUGCUGCUUCUGUCUUUAGCACACAAUCUGUAUGAAGGGAGGUUUAUUUAGGCAGAAGAAAGGAGAAAGAUAAUAAUUUUUAUUUUAAUAGCAGUCUUGUUCUUGUGAAAGAUACCUUUCUAUACUAAUUUUCUACUCAUCAGUUGAAAGACAGAUCAGCCUUCCCUUCUUAAGCACAGGGAUGUUUGUGUGUGCAGUAGUCCCCUUCUCCCGAAAGGUGAUCACAUACAGCUACUUGUAGCCUUCUUUCCAAUUCUAUAGGUGCUGAUUAUAGUGAAGCAGAGAGGAAGAUGCACAUCCUCCGUGGUCUGGCUAAUCUGCAGAAAUUGUGCACAAAAGUUAAUAUAGUUCUAGGCUGUGUUAAGUUUUCUCUGAGAAUAUACUAAACCAGGUCAGGAACCUGCAGUAACAUUAUUCUUUGGAGCUUCUCUGCCAGGAGAGAGGCUGGUACUGAGGCUUACCCCUGCCCCACCUGCUAAAGGCUCCCUCCUCACUUGCCAUUCUUAGAGAAGCUCUAGAAAUAGGUGAAGCACAUGCCUGUCUUCAUGGGCCCAUUGCCAGAAAACUCAGUAUUUUUUCAGAGGAGGAUACUGUGAAAGUGAAAACGCGACUAAAAAUGUAGACAAUCAGAUAUACUUUCUGUAGUGUAGGUAAGUUGUUUUUUCCUAGCUAAAGAUAAUAAAAAGAAAGCAACAUGUAGUAAUGGAUAAAUGGGUACAGGGACACAAUCUAGACAACUGUGCACACUGACAGGUAUUUUAGAAUUUUUAAGCUCAUUUGUUGUUUCGUAAUGAUGUUUUAAGUUUAAACCUUCAAGGCCAGUACCACAAAUGGGAAGUUCUGGUUUUAUCCAUUUUACUAACAACUAUAUAACAUUUUUUUUUAAAUAACAUCACCUCUACUUACUGGUUACUUAGAGGUAGACUGCAAGCAUGUCUUGUCUUUUCAGAAAUAUUCUGUUAAGUUUCUAAUAACCUGAAGACAGUAUUUUUUUUCCCACCAGAUUAUACAAACUUACACAUUUGGGGAAAAAAAAAAAAAAACACAAAAGAAAAAUAGUAAUGCUUGGCUUUUCAAAUUUUAUUUGUAAAGAGAUUUGUGCCCAUUUUGCUCAUACAAAAUCUGUGUCUAGUAAUAGAAAUCUACUUAACAUCUUCAUCAAAAUGUAAGAUGAUGGGAUCAUGGCCUGUUGAUCUCACAAACUUCAACAAGUCGUCGGGGCUUAAGCCCAUAGUUGCAGAAUUUGUCAUUGGAUGAAAGUACACCUUUUCAUGGCCACCUUCCAGAAAGUCAGCAUCCAGCACAAACCUCACAUCCCCAUGGUCACAGAAAAGGGCGAGGGGGGUCACACAGCCCUGGCCCACUUUCAGUUUUUCCAGCAUCAUCUUUUCAUCAGCAAAUCUUAGGUUUCCACUUCCAACACCCAAUUUUUUAGCAAGAUCAUUUAAAUUGAUUUGCCUGUUGUGCAGAACAGUCACCAGCCAGAACCCUUUCUUCUUUUUGUCUUUAAGAAAAAGGUUUUUACUGUGACCUCCUUUCAUGUGUUGGAUAUGAGGCAUCAUUUCUUCAACAGUGAACACCUGGAAAAUGCAAUCAGUGUAGCAUGAGACUCUGUGUUCCACUAAACUUUAGCUGCAUCGUGGCAGGGAUCUUUUGUUAAAUACUUAGAAAAUACUGAAUGUUAUCAUCGGCCUAAAACCUGUACCCUUUUAAAAUUUCUUCAUAAAAGAACACCAAUAAAAUGUGACAUACUGCUCUUGCA